AUGGGAAACUCACAGUCAACCCCUCAACCACAUCCUGAACCUGUUUCUGAACAUUUGUUUCCUGAUGACUGGAGGACAUUAAUCUUUGAUGUGUCAAAAAAGGCACAGCUCUUUGAAGAAGUGAGGAAUCUGAGGAUCCGCCACCCGAAGGUUGAGCAACUGCGUCUUCUGGUGGUUGGACCAGUUGGGGCAGGCAAGUCCACCCUCAUCAACUCCAUUGUGAGCAUCUUCCAAGGUCGCAUGUGUCAAGGGGCACUGGCGGACACCGUCACUAACACAAGCUUCACCCAGAAGUUCCAAAUUCAGAAAAUCAGAGAUGGUGACAGUGGAAAAUUCCUGCCAUUUGUCAUCUGUGACAUCAUGGGACUGGAGGGAAGUGCAUCUGUUGCAGGGGUUUGCGUGGAUGACAUCACCAUGGUUCUGAAGGGGCAUGUCAAAGACGGAUACCAGUUUAAUCCAUCAGCCUCCCUGAAAGAAGAUAACCAACACUAUCGUCACCGGCCUACUCUGAAUGACAAGAUACACUGCUUGGUGGCUGUCCUCCCUGCCGACAAAAUCGCCAUGAUGGAUAAUGACAGUGACAGUGUCAUCAGCAAAAUGCAUAAAAUGAGGAAGGAAGCUGCUGCACUGAAAAUCCCUCAAGUUGUUGUCAUGACGAUGGUUGAUCAGGCCUGUACUGAAGUCAAAAAGGACAGGAAGAUGAUCUACAGGAGCAAGAAGAUCAAAGAAAAGAUGCAGGAGUGCUCUAACAAGUUGGGUGUUCCCAUGAGCUGUGUCUACCCAGUGAAGAACUACCAUGAGGAGAUAGAGUUAGAUGAUGACAUCGAUAUUUUACUCCUCUCUGCUCUAACAUCUAUCCUUGGCUUCAGUAAUGACUAUGUGGGAGAAGAUGCCAAUGAUGAAGGAUGCAACCCCCCUGAAGUGUCUCCUGAAAACUGGAGGGUGAUUGAUGUGUCGUAA